AUGGCCUCAUUUCUUGUAUGCGGUGGACGUGUAUUGUUUUUGGCUUUAUUGGCCACUCAGAACUUUAUGCUGGCGGCUUAUCCAGCCUCGUAUAAAGACGACUCCACUUGGUAUGCUGUUGCUGCUUCACAGGCUCUAUCAGUCACCUUCUGGCUCGCCCUCGUGCUGUCUAGUGCGGCAAGACUUCAAAGGUUGUUUUAUAUCUGGGGCCUGUACAUCUUCGGUCUAGUUAUUAGCAUUGCCAUUGUUUUUGGCUUCGUUGGAGACAUCCUCGACAAAAAACGGUUCCUCGGGCCAAAUGUUUUGAAGACUGUACUCUGUAUAACCCCCCUUCUUCUCCUGUUGUUGUUGAACACCGCGAAAGAUGGCAACAAAUAUAAAGAAGUGGUAUCCAAGUUGUGUUUUUACAUGACUGUGGAUCUUUUUGAUAGCGUUGAAAUGUUAGACAUCGUUUUGGAUGAAAAAGAGCACAACUAUGGCAUCCCGAAAGAAUUCGGAGCAGGAAUGAUCGCCUUGGCUUGCAUCAGUUUACUACUCUCCCCAUGGCAAAUGGCGGAAAACAAUCUCAAGGAAGAAAAACCCAGAAAAUGUACUGCAAUAUCACGAAACAUUGCCGAAAUAGUCUUCGACGUUGUGUUCCUGGCCAUCCGUCUUGUGAUUGUAUUUAAAUACAAGAAGGACGAGUCUAUCUUCAUCGCUAAGAAUGGCAUCGGAAUAAUCCUCGCCUCAUUCGAGAUCCACGAUCUCCUUAACAAGGGAUAA